GAGAAUGAGAAAGCCCGAGCGGUCCGUGAAAUGGAGGACCGGUUGAUCACUUCCGCCUUCUACAAUCUGUCCAUGCAAAUGCACCGGAAUGCGGUUGAGAGCCGAUUAGAGCGAAAACACUACAUCUCAAGCCUACGGUAAGUCGUUAAAUCAACUAACCUGAUCUUUUCUGCCUCGUAUUAACUCGAGCGUCAACACUCAACUUAAUUCGGUCAACAGUUCGAUCAAAUGAACGAGUUUAAAGUAUCAAAAGUACUUUAUUAUUAUUAUUAUUAUUAUUUUUCAGGAAAGGUAUUGAUAGUGUUUUGAAUGAAAUGUGCACCUAGGUGCUUAUGUUUUGUUUCAAAACUAUAAAACUCUUGAUCAAGAUCAUGUAAAUGCCAAAAAGCAUCUCAGCUCAAACUAAUCUCAGCCGUCUAAAACUGCACAAAUAGGCCAUGACUCGCUUUUUUCCGCUAGCGGCAAGAAAAUCUUAGAAAAAAGUAAACCUUCAAAAUUUUAACUUAUUUUUCCUCGUUAACGCAUGGAAAAUGUUUCAAUUUUCCUCGACCUUCCUUUUUUUCACUCUGUUCCAUCUUAAACUCUUCUUGAACCAUUUUGAACUCGAGAACCCUUUGAUGUCUACCAAAGAUAACGUUGAUUUUUUUUAUCAUGCUCUUCGAGUGUUUCUUAUCGACUGGCUAAAAUUUCAUGAUCAUCUCAAGGGAGAGCAUGCCGUCCGCGAUGAUUUAGGUGAAUGCCCAAUUGGACUCAUGUAAUACGUUGUGUCGCCUGUUGUGUACCAGUACAGUAUUUUAAUUCAAAAGAAACCUGGCAGUCCUAUUACAAUUUUUGUCUCACCAUGUCUUUAAGUAAAAACAGUUCUACUUUCAUACCUUUAUUCUCAAUUAUAUGAAUAGUUGAAUUAUGUUUGAAUGUUUAUGAUCUUCAGUCAACCUCUGUCUGACUUUGAGAAGGAGAGGUAGAACAGAGUAGUCUCUAGAAUAGAGAAGAUGCAAGGAAUUCGAGCUUAAUAAAUGAAAAUUUGUUUUUCCUCAGGGCACGUUUUUGGAUCCUCUCCUUUUCACCAUCUUCAUUGCUCCGCUUCAAAAGCUUGGUAGUAGUAAUGUCAAUAUCUCUUCCUUGUUUUGCAUAUUCAUACCUUUUUAGCGCAUUGUCACAACUGACUCAUGUUUUACCAUUUUUUUGACAUCUUUUCAACUUGAAAAGAAAUAUUUUAGCUAAAAAGACAAUUCUUAUUUCGAGCUCCCCCAAUGAGGCAUGUUCUAGCAUGCUUUAAGAGGUAUUCUGGCAUUUUCCAAGCCCAUACAUGGAGUUUAUCCUGACACCACUGAUCCCAUAGAUAACUUCAUAUUUUUAUGGUUUUCUAUGACUGAUCCCAUCAACCCUGUCUUAGUCACGCAACCUUGCGCAAUAAUCUUCCUUCUGAAAACAGCGUAGAUCUCUUCGUCUCUAGUCUGUGCUAAUAAAUGUUUAUGCUUCAUUUGAGCAGUUUUCUCUCUCGGCCAGGCCAAUACUCUAUUGAUGGGUUCGGUGGGCGAUGGGCGGGAUGAGCCCUGGUGGGUGGAGGUCCAGGCUUUUUGCGUGCGUGUAUCCCUGGAAGCGUGGAUUGUGUUGUUGCGCAACCAAUUCGAUCUUCAUUGGGCGGAGGAGCCUCAUUGGACGCGCACGAUGUUAUAUCAGCCCCAUACGGGCCGCUAUCUGACACGGGUUUGGGGCCAGACUCAUCGCCAAGGGGUGCUUUCCUCGCCCGAGGGGCUGGCCCCUCUGGCCCGACGGUUCUUCCUCCAACAAGAGGUGUGUCUAGGGCUAUCAUGGUCAGGCGUGGCCCCCGCGGGCCACGACCCGGAAAACCCGGAAAAGGUUGCCAUUCCACGCUCCUUGCGCUUCUCGCCCAAUUGCACACGAAUGGUAGACGACGGACCACGCCCCCCCAAGCUAGGGUCUCAUACGCCUCAAUGCCCAGCUUGUGCUGUGUGGGUCGACCCUCCCCCGCUAGAUCGCCCAGAGCUGCCCAUGGAGGCGGCCAUCGAGAGCGUGGCACCGGAUUUCAAGCCUGAACUGUCGGAAGAUGACACCAUUCCGGUCCUUUUUCAAACAGCUGGUCCGGAGGACCGAGAGGAAGAAGCACAAGACGAAGCAGGAAGAGCGGAGGCCGCUGGCUCAGCGAUCCUCGACACCCUGAACGAGAGCGAGCAUGAUGAGCCCGCUCCCGGCGGCAGGCGGGCGUCUCGCCGCCGCGUCCAAAUCCGUUCACGACGAGUCCCAUGUCAAUCCAAGCGGGCCAAACUCGGACCAGACCAUCAUUUUGCGGAGCAAAGUGAAUGGGGUGAAGGAAAGGAAAAGCAGGAGAACGAUGUGGAGGAGGAGGAGGACGAGGAGGAGGAGGAGAUAGGGGAGAGACCAGAGCAAAAAGCUGCGUCGGACUUAAUAUGUCCUGUGUGUCGAAAAGAGUUUCUUAAAUCAGUGUCCCUCCGACGACAUCUCCGUGAGUUCCAUCUGAAGGCCAAUUUCAUCUGCAUGCAGUGCAAUCCGGCCCAGAAGGCCUUUGAUUAUCCGGAAGAAGCAUUCGGGCACUAUCAAGCUUGCCACUCAGCCUUGCGCUUGAGCCAGUUUCAAAUCAAGUGUCCCAAUUGUCGGGAUGUCAUUGACUUGGGUGGCCAACCCGAUGCCUUGGUCGUGCAUUGUCGGGCUUGUCUCAAAGCUAAACAGCGCCAACAACGCCAACAGCGAUCCCUAAACCGUCCGCAACCUUCGUCCAAAACCGAGUUUGUGUGCGAUGAAUGUGGCAAGCGAUUUGCUAGUGCUCAAUGCCUGCGAUUUCAUAUCAAGGUGCACACGGGUGAGGGCAUCAUCGCUUGUCCCGAGUGUCCCUACCAAACGCCGGAUCCGUCGCGGAUGAAAGUCCACAGGAAGAUCCAUUUGCGACAACAGGGCCUACUCUCUAAAGUGGUGUGCGAUUGGUGCGGAUUGGCCUUGCGGGAUAAUUGCUCGCUCAAGUUGCACAUUGCCACCCAACAUGACGCGUCGAGGCCCAUGAGUAGCACCUGCUCCUAUUGUCAGAAGACCUUCACCACAAAACGAACGUUGAGCCUGCAUAUUGCCCGGAAACAUGAAACAAGUGAGAAAUUCAAAUGUGAAGAGUGCGGGAAGGGCUUUAGUGCGGCCUCAUUGCUCCGAUUUCACACCAAAAACAACCACCGAGCGCCUGCGUUCAAGUGCGGAUUCUGCGGCAAGAUGAUGACCUCCAAGGUUAGCUUGCAGUGCCACGAACGCAUUCACACAGGCGAAAAUCCAUAUCGUUGCCAGUUAUGCGACUACUCUUGUAAAUCCAGUGCCACGCUCAGCCUUCAUCGAAAAUUCAUUCAUAACCAAGGCAAAAACCUAACCGAGCAUCCCAUCGACCAAAGUAGUGCCACCUCCUUGAAUCAGAGUGACGUAAUGAGCAUCCGGUCAAGCCAAUCGCCUGUAGAUCCUUUGCGAUAAAAACAACUGCACCCAUCUCAAAUAACCUUAAUUCUUAGUUCAUAUUAGAUGUAAGUCUUAGUAAGUGGAAGGAUAUUUGGUUGACCUGGAAUUUUUAAAGCAAUCUUGAGCUUUAUCUUAAAGACAAUCCUUUGAGACUUGGAACUUGCCCAAAAGGCGUGUUGUCAAAUAUAUCGCAUAUUUCUCCGAUUAUACUAUUCCAGUGUGUUUUGACAAAUUGAAAGUUGACAAAUGAAAGGU